AUGUGUUCACCCUGCUUCCUCUGAGAGUUUUUUUGGCAAUGUUCCGGUUCAUCACUCUGCCUUGCUAUGGCUUACGACCGAAGGGAAGAGCACUUUCACUUCCUUUAUAGGAUGGAAUGUGGUGUCACAGGGACUCCUCCAUGCCCUCACAGAGGCCUAAGAAUAAGUGAUAGGCGUUUGCUGCAGCCUGCUCAGGUAUGUGACAUUUUCAAAGGAGUUAUAUUGGUCAUCUGCUACUUCAUGAUGCACUAUGUUGACUACUCUAUGAUGUACCAUCUGAUAAGAGGACAGUCUGUCAUAAAGCUAUACAUCAUCUACAACAUGCUAGAGGUGGCUGAUCGUCUGUUUUCCUCCUUUGGACAAGAUAUUUUGGAUGCUCUUUACUGGACGGCUACAGAACCUAAGGAGAGAAAAAGAGCUCAUAUAGGUGUGAUUCCUCACUUCUUCAUGGCAGUGCUGUAUGUCUUCUUGCAUGCCAUUCUUAUAAUGGUGCAAGCAACUACCCUUAAUGUAGCUUUCAACUCCCACAACAAGUCACUGCUUACUAUCAUGAUGUCUAAUAAUUUUGUUGAAAUAAAAGGAAGUGUUUUCAAGAAAUUUGAGAAGAACAAUCUUUUUCAAAUGUCAAAUAGUGAUAUAAAGGAAAGAUUCACCAACUAUGUAUUAUUACUAAUAGUAUGUCUAAGAAACAUGGAACAGUUCUCAUGGAAUCCAGAUCACCUUUGGGUGUUGUUGCCAGAUGUUUGCAUGGUGAUUGGAUCAGAAAUUGCAGUAGAUAUUGUGAAACAUGCCUUUAUAACAAAAUUUAAUGACAUCACAGCAGAUGUCUACAGUGAGUACAGGGCAAGUCUUGCUUUUGACCUUGUUAGCAGUCGGCAGAAAAAUGCAUACACAGAUUAUAGUGAUUCUGUUUCCAGGAGAAUGGGGUUUAUUCCUCUCCCAUUGGCUGUCUUACUCAUCAGAGUCGUAACAAGCUCAAUAAGAGUCCAGGGUGUCUUGGCUUACGCCUGCGUUGUGCUCUUCUAUUGUGGAUUAAUAUCACUCAAAGUGCUUAAUAGCAUUGUGUUACUGGGAAAAUCAUGUCAAUAUGUAAAGGAGGCAAAAAUGGAAGAGAAAUUGUUCAACCCACCCCCAGCUAGCACCCCAGGCAAACCACUCAGUAAACCCCAAGGCAAAUUUAAAUCUACUCAAGGAAUUUCUACAGACGAAAGUUUAUCUACAUCAGUUACCAAUCAACCUGUACAUCAGAAAGAAAAUACUACAUCUUUACUUGUGACAAGCAAUUCUGAUCAAUUCCUGACAACUCCUGAUGGAGAAGAAAAAGAUAUAAGCCAAGACAGUUCAGAAUUGAAACAGAGAUCUUCAAAGAAAGAUUUGUUGGAGAUAGACAGGUUUACCAUUUGUGGAAACAGAAUUGACUAGAUUUUAUGGAUAGAUGUUCUAAGGAUACUGAGCGACUGGGGCUGCAGAUGCUACCAGACUAUGGACAGUUGCCAAAAAAGGCACUUAAAUAUUUAUUUAAAAACUUAAAUUAUUAAUGGCAAACAGAUAGUAAUUUCUUUCUGCACGUAACCUGGCUUGGUAGCUGGGUCAGAUCAAGUAACAAAUAUUUAACUUGGCUCUGUGGAAAAUGUGAUGGAUCAUGAGAGCCUCUUGUCCAUUUGACAGUUACAGUAUCCCUUUCCUGGAUAUAGACUGAAAAAAAUCAAAAUCCCAUUUGCAUUGUGACACCGUGCUUCCAGAACGAAUUGCUUUUCUUGAAGGUCUUUCCAGUAUAAGGAUACACCAAGAAAUGUAUGACGGCUCUAACAGGAAGCUUAUCUUUCCAGUCAUGUUAUUUUCAUAAACAGCUGCAAACAGUAUACUUAAAAGCCAAUGCAUAAAGCAGCACUGGCAGAUUAAACAGUAAGUCAAGAUAAUUAUUCUUGUCACCGGAAAAAUCUUUGAAGAUGUAUCUGAACUAAUCAGAAUAAAAUACUAUCUUUAAA